CCCUCACCCGAAAUGGCGGGAGGCGGGGCGCGCAGGCGCAGUGGGGCUCCUGAUACAGCGCGGCUCCUUCCCUGGAUAUAACGCGGCGGCGGUGAAACGGGCCCCGCAUCCUCGAGUCGGAUACAAGCCUGAGUACUGUACUGAACUCCUCCCAAGCACUUAGUACGGUGUGACGCGGAUCUGGGAUCCGGAAUCGCGAUGGCUUUCUGUCCUUGGGGAGCCUGGGGGUCGGCGCUAAACCGCGUGGGCCGAGCGCUAAGCCAGCACCAUUUCAGCACGAGCCAAAGCCACGGCGCCAUCCAGAAGCUGACCCGCGUGCGCGUGGUGGAUAACAGCCCCAUGGGGAACACCCCUUACCACCGCCCUCCCCGCUGCAUCCACGUCUACAACAAGACCGGCGUGGGCAGAGUGGGCGACAGGAUCCUGCUGGCCAUCAGGGGACAGAAGAAGAUGGCCCUGAUCGUCGGGCACCGCAGGCCCGGGGCCCCCAUGAGCCCCAGGUUCGACUCCAACAACGUGGUCCUCAUCGAGGACAACGGCAACCCCGUGGGGACGCGGAUCAAGACCCCCAUCCCGAGCAGCCUGCGCCGGCUGGAAGGGGAGUACUCCAAGGUGUUGGCCAUCGCCCAGACGUUCGUGUGAGCCCGGGGCGGGGGG